AUAUAUAUAUAUACAUAUUCAUGAUUCAUUGUCCGUAUUCAUAUCAUCGGAAUUAAAAAAUGUUAUUUCAAUUGAGAAAAUGCAUAUAUACACAAAUGCGACAAUUUGUAACGUUUCAUAUGCCUAAUAGAUCUCAAGUGAAAAUAAAAACGAUAUAUUAUUGGACAGAAUCGAAAUAUACAAAUUUAAUGAAUCCAAAUUUUAGCAUACAUAGGUCAAUGUGUACUAGUCAAAACGAAGAUAUUAGAUUGCCACCACUAAUGUGGAAACAGAGAGAAGACGGAAAAAACGGAGGUUUCUCUAUUUUACGGAUGCUUCAGACAUAUUAUCUUUUACGUUCAAUUGACAAAGACUUUCGUAUUAUUGAAUUUGUACAAGGAGUUCGUCAGGCAAUAGAAGUAAUAUCUGAUGCUUUAACUACUCAACGCUAUGAAGUAUUAAACGGUAUAGUAACUGAAAAUGCUAUAACUAUAUUAAAAUAUAAUGUUAAGAAUCUUACACAAAGUCAACGUGAUUUAAUAAGUAUAGAAGGUGCCAGUAUUUUACUAGUGCCAGAACUUAUAAAAAUAAGAGUAUUUGAAGAUAAAACAAUGGUUGAAAUAGGAUUAAAUGGACUUUAUUUGAAAUCGCUUGAAAUUUCAGAAUAUUACUUGCUAAGUUUUAAUUACAUAUUUCAAAGAAUAUAUACAAAUAAUGAAGGAGGAACAUGGAUGGCAAAACUAGUCAAUCAUACAACAGAUAUAAUUUAAUAGAUUUCAACUAUAAUUAAAUAAAAUUUUUACUUUAAAGAAAAA